AGAAGCCGAAGAUGGCAGUUAACGUGUAUUCAACUUCAGUAACUAGUGAUAAUUUGAGUCGACAUGAUAUGCUGGCCUGGAUCAAUGAAUCUCUGCAGUUGACUUUGACAAAGAUUGAACACUUAUGUUCAGGUGCUGCCUAUUGUCAGUUUAUGGACAUGCUUUUCCCUGGUUCCAUUGCUCUAAAGAAAGUGAAGUUUCAAGCAAAACUGGAACAUGAAUACAUUCAGAACUUCAAGAUCCUACAAGCAGGUUUUAAGAGAAUGGGUGUUGACAAAAUAAUUCCUGUGGACAAAUUAGUGAAAGGAAAAUUUCAGGACAAUUUUGAAUUUGUUCAAUGGUUCAAGAAAUUUUUUGAUGCAAACUAUGAUGGGAAAGACUAUGACCCUGUAGCAGCUCGACAAGGCCAAGAAACAGCAGUAGCCCCCUCCCUCAUGACUCCAGUUUUGAAUAAGCCAAAAAAACCUCUUGGUUCCAGUGGUGCAGCUCCACAGAGGCCCAUUUCUACACAGAGAACUACGGCACCUUCCAAGACAGGCCCUGGCAUGGUCAGAAAGAAUCCAGGUAUGGGAAAUGGAGAUGAUGAGUCAGCAGAAUUAAUCCAACAGAUCAAUGUAUUGAAACUCACUGUUGAAGACUUGGAGAAAGAGAGAGACUUCUACUUUGGAAAGCUAAGGAAUAUUGAAUUGAUCUGUCAGGAAAAUGAAGGGGAAAGUGAUCCAGUGUUGCAGAGGAUUGUGGAGAUUCUCUAUGCCACAGAUGAAGGCUUUGUGAUACCUGACGAAGGGGGACCACAAGAGGAGCAAGAAGAGUACUAAUAACCCUUGUACUGUACCAGUAGAGCAGCAACAUCUGAAUUCUUCACCCCAAAUCAUGUGCUUAACUGUAAAAUACUCCCUUUUAUUAUUUUUAGAGGACUCACUCACUGGUUUCUUUUCAUAAGCAAAAAGUACCUCUUCUUAAAGUGCACUUUGCAGAAGUUUCACUCCUUUUCCAAUGGGUUUUGAGUUAGGAGUUUUUAUCUUGUGGCAGAGCAGUAUUAACAUCUAGCUGGUUCACUUAGGGAACAAAGAGGCAGACCUUGAGAACUCACUAUUUGGUUUCUGGUAAACACACUGCUAUCUGAAAAAGUUGUUUUUAUGUAACAUACUGAAAAUGGAAACUUAAAAUAGAGCAAUGUGAGGACAGCUCACAGAAUGGAUUAGCUAAUGUGAAAUC